AUGGUCCGCCUUACUAUCGCCGCUCUCCUUACUUUCGCCCUCGCCGCCACGGCCCAGGUUACCCCCAACAACGCCGGCGCCAAGAACGUCGGGGCGGGCAACGGUCAGCAGUUCAUCACGGGCGGGUGUGUCAACAAUGCCGACUGCAGCUCCGCCUGCUGCGCCGACGCGAGCGGUGUGGGCGUCUGCUCGGCCGAGGCCGCCCAGUUCCAGAACGGCAAGAACGGCUGUGGCUUUGUUGACCCCAAUGCUGCCGCCACGAUUGCUGCCGCGCAGGCCCAGGUUGAGGAGCAGGGUUUCUAG